AACACUUGACUUGUUUUUCAGGAUUCCACCAUUAUGAUCAUGAUUGAAAGCAUUGACUCCAUAGUCACUAUUUCCAGCCAGGACUUGUGGGCUGAAAUAUGUUCGUCGCUGCCACAUCCAGAUCAGAAUGAAGAGUCUAGCAAUGCCUUCGCAGAUUCCUUCGCAGACUGUUAUGUCCAAAAUGACGUCAUGGACACCUCUUACCAAGCGGCAGACCUGAAGCCUUGGGCACCACUGAAGGAUUCUGAGAUUUAUUUGGCAUCUUUAGAGAGAAGAUUAAUGAGAAUAAAGGGUUUGUCUCAGGAAGUGACCUCCAAGGAUAUGCUGCACACUCUUUCUCAAGCUAAGAAAGAAUGCUGGGACAGAUUUCUGCAGGAGAAAUCAGAAUCUGACUUUUACAUGGAAGGAAUUGAUUCCAACGAGAGCACCCUGGAGCACUUGAAGCGUUGGUUGCAGCCUGAUAAAGUUGCUGUCAGCAGUGAGGAAAUACAGUAUUUGAUUCCCCUUGAAGCUCAUGUUGAGAAGCAAGAGAGUGAAGAAGAGGCCAUGGCUGUGGAACAGUGAAAUGCAGUGACACCUUGCCUCCAAGACAGGGGCUGGCAGUGUUUGUUAAAAAACCAAGAGGAGGGAAGUGCCAACAAUUGGCUGAGGUAGACCAAUUGUUGUCUGCUCAGUAGCUUUUGCCCCCCUCCCACCUUCUAGCUUACAGUAGCUAUUCCAUUUUGAAUGUAUAUAUUGUCACAGAUUUAUAAUUAGACAUAUGUAAUCUGUGAAGAUGAUUGAAGGCAGUGAAUUCACAUUUGAGAUAUUACAUGGACUGGAAUUGAGCAUUCAAGUUAAAGAGUCAACUAAUUCACUUGUAAUAUUU